AUUCACAGACAGAGACCAGAGUCAGACACUGGCUGGCUUCGCAGCAGAGGAGGGGAGAUAAAAAAACACACACACACAAAAAAAAAACUCUCCUCCCGCCGCUGAGAAACCAACAGCUAUCAGAGACGUGAAGUCGACGCGAUGUCAAACACGAAAUGCUACCGUUUAGUUUGCGGAGACAGCUACCAAUAAGGAAGAGGCUGCAGAAAGUAAGGAGUGGGUGAGCAGUGACAGCUGGACACAUAAAGCGAGGGAUUAGAGGUCCGCACGUGGGAAAGAAAAAAGGGACUCGCUUUAACACGCCAGUGAAGAGUGGACUCCUCCAUUUAAUCGUUUUUCAUCUGUUUAUUUCUGCCUGUGUCAGAGAUGAGUGCCAAGUCAGCCAUCAACAAGGAGCUCUUCACACCUCACGAUGAGAAGAUGCUCGCUGGUGUACAGGUGAAGAGGAGGACAAAGAAGAAGAUACCUUUCCUGGCCACUGGUGGCCAGGGAGAUUACACGACUUUCAUCUGCCUCUCAGUGACAAACAAGAAACCGUCCCAUGUAUCCCUCACUAAAGUGAAGCAGUUCCAAGGAUCAUCUGCCUUUGUCAAAAGGUCACAGUGGACAAUUGAUCAACUACGGCAGGUUAAUGGCAUCGACUCCAACAAAGAUUGUCCAGAAUUGGACCUGAUGUUUGACAAUGGUUUGGACCAGUGGGUUGCCAGUUCAGCAGGAGAGAAGUGCACCUUCAUCCAAAUUCUGCAUCACACCUGCCAACGCUACUGCUCAGCACGGAAACCCGAGUUCAUCAACUGUCAGUCAAAGCUGCUUGGUGAAGGCUUAGAUACAGUCAUUUACCACUGCAAGGUCUAUUUCAACAGAAUGAGGAAAGACUUAGUGCCACAUCGUGGUCCUCCUCAAAAACAAGGUAACAGUAUACUACACUCAGCUGCAGACAGUGUGACCAGUGCUGUACAGAAGGCCAGCCAGGCUCUGAAUGAGCGCGGUGAGCGAUUAGGUCGGGCAGAGGAGAGGACUGCAGACAUGAUGAACAGUGCUGAACAGUUUGCUGUCACAGCACACAAGCUCGCCAUGAAGCACAAAUGUUAGGACCACUGCCAAAACCACCUGCACUGGAGGUGUGAGCACAGACCAGUCGUUGCACGGGAGAGGGAUUCCAGCAUUAAUUCUUUUUUACAUUUUUUAAAUAUAAUUAAUCUUUUUUUUAACAAUGUUAACCUUUUACUCUUUUGGGUUAUCAUACUGUGGUGCAGUUAAUUCCUAAUAACAGAGUUGCAGCACAUGCAGUGACUUGCAAAAGUACUUGUACCCCUUUAGCAGUUUGUUUCAUGUUCUGUCACAUCACAAUCACAACCCUUUGUCUAAUUUAUAAGAGUCAUAUGAUAACCAACACAACGUAAUGCAUCAUUUUUAAGUAGAGGAUGGGGUUCAAUGUGGUCCUAUCUGGUCUGUUUUGGAUUUAAACCUGGACUUUCACCGGACCAUUCUAACACCAAUCCAUUUCACUGUUGUUCUGCAUGCAUGUUUAGAUGUAUUGUUCUCCAUGUCAGUAUCAAAUCUCUUGCAGCCUUUAUCACCUUUUUUCCUCCAUGUUUUUUCUAUAUUGUGCUCCAUCUUUCUUCCCAUCAGCUUAGACUGAUUUGUCUGUAGCAUCCGCCACAUCAUGACACUACCACCACAUUUAGUGAUGGGGAUGGUAUAUUGAUUUGCACUAUAAGGCCUCUACUACAUACUGCAUUUUACAUUUAAUCAGUGUCCCUUCUUCUACAUGUUUCAUCCUCUUAUGACUUUCUUCUUGUCACUCAUCCUUAAAGGCCAGAUUCAUGGAGUGACCGACUAAUAGUUGUCUUGUCAGUGGAUUAAACUUGAACAGUCCUUUAUGAGACGUUCAAAGUUCAGAAUAGUGUUUAAAAAACUAACCUUAUGUUAUUUUAUACCUAUUACGUCUAUUGUCAGCAGAUUCCAAUUGAACAGUCGUUUAUGAGAUGUUCAAAUUUCGGGAUAGUGUUUAAAAAAACUAAACUACUAUUUUGUACCUCCUCUGUCUAUUGUUGUUGUUCGUCUUCAUAAUGCUGUUUGUUCAGUAACGUUCAUUUUUAUGAUGCUUUGGCAAAGCAACAGAGCAUAACUAACACAUUAACCAAUUAGGUGCUUUCUGACAGCAAUUGAUUGCACUGAAAUAUACAGAAUAUAGGGAUGCGUUAGGAAAGUAGGUUGAAUACAGAUGCACACCACUUUAAGAUUGCUCAUUUGCCAUUCAACUUGUAUUAUUCACCAUCCACUUUAUAGUUAUAUACUACUCUGUGUUGGUCCCAAUACAAUAAAUUACAUUUUGUGUAUGUGAUGUGACAGUGUGUUGGUGUGGAAACGUUUAAGGGGUGUGAGUUCUUUUGAAAGACCCUGAAGGCGGGAGAGGAAGGGACAACUUUGAGCAGAAUGUUUAACGCUGCUGUUUACCAAAAAUGUAACUUUAAUGACAACAGUUAAUGGUAACAGGCCCUGAGUACACAUUGUGUUUUUGAGAUAAUAAUGUGUGGGCUUAAGUUAAACUAGAAACUAUCAUCAAUUUCUCCCAGACAAGUAAUACAUUGUUUCUGAUUGUUAGGCGUUAUUUAUCCACACUGCUGGGUUUUAAAGGCUGAUUUAUGAAUCAGUAGUAGUCUGUUAUGUGUUUUCCUUUUGAAGAGUGUCUAUUAAAUCAAAUAUAAAUCUUUUGCACCUAUGUUUCUAAAGGUUGAGACUUCCUUGCAAAAUUUUGAACCAAAUUUGGGACAGUGCAGUUUCAGCCUGUCCUUUUUCAAUCUGCAUUUUCAUUGAGUCUUUUGUCCUUGACUUCAGGAAGUAAAAACAGUACGUUUCCUGUCAUACAAUGCCAACUGGAGUAGAGUGAAGAAAGAUGAUAAACACACUUUGUCACCUUAUGGAAAUAUUUUUUAGUAUUAACAUUGUUUCUAAGGAUAUUGAUUACACAUUGUGUUGAUUUAUGUUACAAAGAGGCAGUACAUUAGACCAGGCUGCGGUCUGAAAGAAAAACAACCUCUUAUACUGAUAUCUCAACGUCUGUAGAUCUAAUUUGUCCCUUUAUGGGGUGUAUUACAAUUAAUUCUUGCUGUAGUUCACUUUUCAACACCGAGUUUCCUUUGCUUUUCUUUAUUUAAUUUGGGAAUUGUUUAGAGAUGACAGCUGAUCAUAGACAAGUUCCUUCAGUAGCAGCAAUAUAUGAUACUUUAUGUUGCUUAUUUUUUUUUAUUGUACUUUCCCACACUGACUGUAAUUUUGAGGUCACAGUCUGGAUGUACCCGAUUGUUUUUAUAUUUUUGCUUUUUUCUAAGACAUGAUGUUACAAAGCACUGAUGUAAUAUUCUUGCAGUGCACUGCUGAGUUCAUAAUGAGUUCUAGUUGCCACACUUGGAUGUUUAGCUUUUUAAUAACAAGAAAAAGAUUGAUAUCUAUUAUUAGUCCUUUCUUCUAGCUACCUUGAGGUUUGUGUUUUAUGCUUCCAACAAAUGUAACGCACACCUGGUACUUUGAUAUAUCUUUAGUCAAUUCACAAAAUUGUUCUCUUUUCAAGCAAUGUGCCAACAGCUUUAAGUGUUUCAGGGUUUAUUAUCUUGCUUUCUUUGUUUGAUGAGCUCAGUUUCACUUUAAACUUUAACACUUGUUCUUUUUUCUGAUUUCCACUCCAACUCUAUGCGGUUGUAACAUGUGAAAUAAAGACCACAAUUACAGUAAA